AUGGCCUCUCACCCUCCCUCGCCCCCACGAGAGGCGCAAGUCGCCGACUCCAAACCCAACGAUACAAAGUCCGAAGAUCAUCGAACACCCGAGCCAGAAUCCAGCACCUCGAGUCUCCAAAACGAGGAUCAGGAAAAACGGGACUCGUCACGCGACCGAACAGAUUCUCACGAACCCCCCGAAUCUCUAGAGUCAGGCGAGGCCUCUCCAAGCUCUCCGCGUUCCCGUUCGGAAAACACACCUGCCGAAGACGACGACGACGACGACGACGCCGCCGCCGCGCGUACCUCGUCCGACGCGCCCGCACCUCCCCUCCCCAACGAACCGCCCCCUCUCCCCAGCGAGCAACCUCCCGCCACCGAAGACGACGGCUGGGACUUCCACUGGGACGCUCACCACCAGGCCUACUUCUUCUACAACCGCUUCACCGGCGCCUCGCAGUGGGAAAACCCACGCGUACCCUCCAGCAGCAGCAAAACAACAACGACAACAACGACAGCGACAGGGGCCCAACCGCCCCCCCAACCCGCCGCCCCAUCCGACCCCUCGCCCUCCUCCUUCUCCGUCGCGGCGGCCUCAUCAUCCUCAUACCCCACAGCCCCGCCUCCACCCCCUUCCACCAGCCCGGUCGCGGGGGGCUACAACCCCGCCAUCCACGGCGACUACGACCCAAACGCCUGGUACGCGCAACCCGCCGGACAAGACGGCGACGAGGCCGCCCAGCAACAACAGCAGCAGCUCGCGAUGCUGGCCGACCCGACCGCCCUGGCGACCUUCAACCGCUUCACGGGCGUCUUCCAGCGGCAGGACGAGGGUCCCGAGCGGCACUCGGACGAGGCGAAGAGCCGGCGCCAGAUGCACGCCUACUUUGAUGUCGAUGCUGCCGCGAAUGCCCAUGACGGCCGCAGCCUCAAGGCCGAGCGGUCGGGGAAGAAGCCCAGCAAGGCGGAGCUGAAGCAGUUCAAGGAGAAGAGGCGGGCGAGGAAGGAGGAGAAGAGGAGGGCUUGGUUGAGGGACUAG